AGGGGAAAGCUGCAAAGCUGCCAGCGUAGGAUGUUUUUGCAAAUUGCCUUGAUCACUCGACGAACCCCCGUGGCCGGCGGUGUUUUCCUUUGUGGGACGCCAUGGGGGACGACUCCAUGGCUGCACAGAUUUGUGAGAGAGUGGUGCACGAGAUGCGAGAAACCCUGAGCGGCCAUCAUGCGGAACUGGUGCGAAUCUGUGAGGAGAUGAAUGUAGAGCUCUCGGCGCUCAAAAGUCUGGCGGCUGAACCCAGGUUGGAGGCUGUACGCAGUGAUGAGCUGCCCUCAUUAGGCGAGGGUGCGAAAAUUCCUGGAAGACAGGUGCGAGUCCUUGCCCCGGCUGCCCCGGCCUUGGUAUUGCCGCACGAGGUGCACUAUGAUGCAGUCGAGGGGAUGGCGAGUGGAAAGCCGGAGCCGCCGGAGCCCGUGAAGGUGGUCCGGAAGUCCAACAAGUCGAACAAGUCGGAGAACUCACAGGCACGAGCCCGUCCAAGUGGGAAGUCGGGCCAAUCUGCAGGCUUCGAGGAGUCGGUGAUCCCUAACGGCACGACCGACAAAUCCCGCGCGAGGAAAUCCCGAUGGUGGGUUCCGGAUCAAGAAAAGAAUAUGAAGCACCGGCAAGCCUAUCGGAAGGUCACGGUGCAGCAGAUGUCGAACGUCGGUCGGAUUCAGAAGCUCCACCUCCAGCUGAAGCUGCUGCUGAACUCGCACUGGUUCGAGCUUGGAUCCAUGCUGCUGAUCAUCAGCAAUGUGGUGUUCUGUGGAAUCGAAGUGGAGCUCCUGAGUGGCGAUCCCUCCCUAGAGACUCAGAGAUCUUUGGAUAUUGCCGGUGUCAUGUACAACGUGAUUUUUUUGAUCGAGUUCCUGCUGCUGGUGGUGGGAAAUGGCGUGAAAGAGCAUUUCACCAACGCGGAAUGGGCCUGGCAUGUCUUCGAUGCCGUGGUCGUCUUCUUUGGUGUGGUGGAGGUGAUCCUGUAUUGUCUUCAAUCAGGUGGCAACUUCAGUGCAGAGUACGUGCGCGUCGUCCGGCUGGUGAAGAUCUUCCGGGUGCUGCGCGUGGUACGGGUCCUGCGGGCCCUUCGCGGGCUGAGACUGCUCUUGUUGUCCCUGGUGCACACCAUCCGCUCCUUGGUCUGGACCUUGAGUCUGUUGCUGGUGAUCUUGUGGUUCUUUGGCAUCGUCUUCACCACGGCCGCUAACGAGCAUGGCUCGGACGAGCACGGCUCCGAGCAGUCGGUCUUGCUGGAGAAGUACUAUGGUUCGCUUGCAAAGACCAUCUUCACUUUAUUCAAGUGCUCCUGCAAUGGCAUGGACUGGUACGAUGCUGUGGAAGUCUUGGAACACUUGGACCAGGCCUGGCUCUGGGUUGGCUUCUUCCUUUGCUACAUUUGCUUCAACUACUUUGCGCUCUUGAACAUCAUCACUGGCGUCUUUUGUCACAGUGCCAUCACCGGGGCCUUCAAGAACGAAGACGUGGUCUUUGACGAGUUGCAAGUGCACAAAGGAAUCCAGGCCCGGCGCUUGAUGGAGCUGUGGGACUUGAUGGAUCUGGAAGGCUUCGGCUCGUUGGAUGCUUCGCGCUUCGCCGAAGCCUUCGAGGAUGAGGCCAUCCCCCUGGGCCUCGAGGUGCUGGGCAUCAAGGAAACAAGAUCGUCCACUCAGAGCCAAUUUGGUCUUGAUCUUCUCGACUACUCUGACUCGCGAGUCAGAGAUGGCAGGAGCUUUGGAGAAUGGAUGGGAGCUUUGGGCGCACGUGCCGUGAAACACAUCGGAACGGCACGGAGCCGACGGGCUCGCGUCCGGUCUUCCCCGAGCGCUUCGUCGAGGUUGGCCUGUGCAUCCAGGGGGAAGCGAAGGCGUUGGAUGUGGCCCUCCUCCGGCAGGAGUUCAACGGCCAGGCUGCAGGCCGAAGCCUCACAUCUUCAACCCCUCCGCGGCAGGUUGGCUGAGAUCGCACUGGCAGCACUGAUCUGAAAGCCCUCGGAAGUCAGGGGAUUUCUGUUUUGGGGUCUUAACACGUCCUUUCCAAACAUCUGUUUAUGCACAAGUCUAAGUCCCCACACUUGCGGAUCGCCGCCUUGGCGUGUGGUCCAAUGUUCUCCACUCGUGUCGGCUGUCACCACCAACCGAGGGGUUGGUGGAUGUGCCAAGACAAUGCUCGCGCAUCCAAACGGAAGCGAUGGGGGAGGAGUUCCUGGGCGGAGAGCUGAAACUCAGCGG